AAUCGUUCAGGAGUAAAUGGUUAAAGCUGACUUCCUGUGUCUGGCACACAGGAGAUAAACCAAUUGCCACGAAGCAUUUUGCCGUGUGGGUAACCCUCCGGGAAGUGUAGUGUGCUGCAGAUUUGCAUAAAUCCCGGUGGAUUGGGUCACCCGCCCUCUGCCCACGGCUUGAACUCCCAGAGCUUCGCUGCUGGGGGCGAAUCGCUGGAAGAACGUUCACCUGAGGAGUUCAGUGUUGAUGCUGCUCUUUUCCUUCCCAGCGGCAGAGUUCGGGGAGCCCACUUCCCAGCAGACGGGGACAGCUGCUGGGAAAACUGUUGCUCAAACCGCAGCCCCGGUGUCCUGGAAGCCCCAGGAUUCUUCGGAACAGCCACAGGAGAAGCUCUGCAAGAAUCCAUGUGCGAUGUUUGCUGCUGGAGAGAUCAAAACGCCGGCAGGGGAGGGCCUUCUUGACUCACCCAGCAAAGCCAUGUCUAUUAAAGAAAGAUUGGCACUGUUGCAGAAAAGCAGGGAGGAAGAUUGGAGAAACAGACUCAGCAGGAGGCAGGAGGGCGGCAAGGCUUUGGCCAGCAGCCUGCACACUCAGGAAGCAGGGCGGUCCCUCAUCAAGAAGCGGGUCACAGAAAGUCGAGAGAGCCAGAUGACGAUUGAGGAAAGGAAGCAGCUCAUCACUGUGAGAGAGGAGGCCUGGAAGACGAGAGGCAGAGGAGCGGCCAACGACUCCACCCAGUUCACUGUGGCUGGCAGGAUGCUGAAGAAAGGUUUGGCAUCACCCACUGCCAUAACCCCAGUAGCCUCACCCAUUUGCAGUAAAACAAGAGGCACCACACCCGUUUCCAAACCCCUGGAAGAUAUCGAAGCCAGACCAGAUAUGCAGUUGGAAUCGGACCUGAAGUUGGACAGGCUGGAACCCUUUCUGAGAAGGCUGAAUGACAAAGUAAGCGGGAUGCAAGAAAUGGUGCUCACUGUCACCGGCAAAUCUGUGGAGGAGGUGAUGAAGGCGGAUAAUGAUGAAACCUUUGCCAGAUCUUACCACAGCGUGGAGUAUGAUAUGCCCAGAAGUCCUGUGGAGCUGGACGAGGACUUCAAUGUCAUUUUCAAUCCUUAUGCACCCAAAUUGACGUCUUCCGUGGCCGAGCACAAGCGGGCAGGUAGGCCCAAGCGCCGGGUUCAGGCCUCCAAAAAUCCCCUGAAAAUGCUGGCGGCAAGAGAAGAUCUCCUUCAGGAAUACACCGAGCAGAGAUUAAACGUCGCCUUCAUAGAGUCAAAGCGGAUGAAAGUAGAAAAGAUGUCUUCCAACUCCAGCUUCUCAGAAGUCACCCUGGCGGGUUUAGCCAGUAAAGAAAACUUCAGCAACGUCAGCCUGCGGAGCGUCAACCUGACGGAACAGAACUCCAACAACAGCGCUGUGCCCUACAAGAGGCUGAUGCUGUUGCAGAUUAAAGGAAGAAGACACGUGCAGACCAGGCUGGUGGAACCUCGAGCUUCGGCGCUCAACAGUGGGGACUGCUUCCUCCUGCUCUCUCCCCACUGCUGCUUCCUGUGGGUAGGAGAGUUUGCAAACGUCAUAGAAAAGGCAAAGGCCUCAGAACUUGCAGCUUUAAUUCAGACAAAGAGGAAGUUUGAUUGUAGAGCUGUUUAUAUCUAAACCAUCGAAGAAGGAAUUAACAUACACACUCAUGCAGCCAAAGACUUCUGGAAGCUUCUGGGUGGCCAGACCAGUUACCAGUCUGCUGGAGACCCAAAAGAAGAUGAACUCUAUGAAGCAGCCAUAAUAGAAACUAACUGCAUUUACCGUCUCAUAGAUGACAAAUUUGUUCCUGAUAACAACUACUGGGGGGAAAUUCCAAAGUGCUCCCUUCUGCAACCCAAAGAGGUACUGGUGUUUGAUUUUGGUAGUGAAGUUUACAUAUGGCAUGGGAAAGAAGGCACAUUAGCACAACGAAAAAUAGCAUUUCAGCUGGCAAAGCACUUAUGGAAUGGAACCUUUGACUAUGAGAACUGUGACAUCAAUCCCCUGGAUCCUGGAGAAUGCAAUCCACUUAUCCCCAGAAAAGGACAGGGGCGACCCGACUGGGCUCUAUUUGGGAGACUUACUGAACACAAUGAAACAAUUUUGUUCAAAGAGAAGUUUCUGGAUUGGACAGAACCGAAGAGAGAGAAUGAGAAGAACCCCAGGGAACUUGCCCAGCACAAGGAAGACCCCAGGGCUGAUGUCAAGCCGUACGAUGUGACACGGAUGGUGUCCAUGCCCCAGACGACAGCAGGCACCAUCCUGGACCAGGUGAACGUCGGCCGUGGCUGUGGCCUGGUGGAAGGACAUGACAGGAGGCAGUUUGAGAUCACCAGUGUCUCUGUGGAUGUCUGGCACAUCCUAGAAUUCGACUAUAGCAGGCUCCCCAAACAGAGCAUCGGGCAGUUCCACGAGGGGGAUGCCUAUGUGGUCAAGUGGAAGUUCAUGGUGAGCACAGCAGGGAAAAAUCUCAAGAAACCACCCCCCAAGUCUUACCUUAUCCAUGCUGGCCUGGAGCCCCUGACAUUCACCAAUAUGUUUCCCAGCUGGGAGCACACAGAGGACGUUGCUGAGAUCACAGAGAUGGACACAGAAGUUUCCAAUCAGAUCAUCCUCGUGGAAGACGUCUUAGCCAAGCUCUGUAAAACCAUUUACCCGCUGGCCGACCUCCUGGCCAGGCCACUCCCAGAGGGGGUCCAUCCUCUGAAGCUUGAGAUCUAUCUCACCGAUGAAGACUUCGAGUUUGCACUAGACAUGACACGGGACGAAUACAACACCCUACCCGCCUGGAAGCAGGUGAACCUGAAGAAAGCAAAAGGCCUGUUCUGAGUGGGGAGACGCCAGAGGAACCUCGGAGUCACGUCCAAUACCAUCGCACCAGGGAAAUGGAUAUAUAUUUUUGGACUGGUGUUUUCCACAAAGUAUCUUUCAAUCAGAGUUUUCAGAACCCGACAUUGUUAAAGAUACUACUUGUCCGGGAGUUGUGUAUUUUGUAAACGUUCAAGGGAACUAUUUCGGAACUUCUUUCCACCAUUCAGCAGAUUAUCAGAAUUAAUGAAAGUAUGUUAUGUGCACUUAAGCCGCAGCUGCUGUAGAUAGCACUGCGUUCUUGUUCCAACUAAGCAAUGCUUUUUUCUUUUUUCUUUUUUUUGGAAGCAGUUCUCUUUAUAAAGUGUUAUUUUGAUAGUUUGUGGAUUCUAAAACAUAUAUAUAUUUAUAGAAACACCAUAAAAGUCAAGUAAGUAUUUAACAAAGCAGUAUGUAUUCGUUUACUUUCAAGAUGUUUUUUAAUGUCAAAAUAAUACGAAAAGGUAGAUGGAGUUGCUUCUGUCAAAUUAGCUCUGCCACCAAUACGUAUCUUCAUACAAGUUUGGAAACGUUUCCUGCAGCAUUAGGUAUGACUUGUUCUGAGUACUGCUUCCGGUGCUAAAAUGAACAAAGAAUUUGUACUUAAUGGCAUGGACUCUGGAGAAUCUAUGCGAAUCAACCUUUCUACCUUAAUAUCUCCCCCAAAAUGCCUUGUUUUUA